CAGGUUAAACAAGGAACCACCUAAUCUGACUUUCAGGAGGAAAGAUAAAGGUGGAAUUAGUUUCACAUUAAUGGUGGCAAACAUGCACCUUGACCUUGAAACAGUAAAGGCCAUAUGUAAUGAAUACAGAAUUCAUAAUGUCGAUAUAACUCUUCGUUAUGAUGCAACUGCUGAUGAUCACAUUGAUGUUAUUGAUGGUAGUAGAAUAUAUACUCCCUGCAUCUACGUUUUAAACAAGAUUGUUCAGAUAACACUUGAAGAACUGGAGAUUCUGGACAAACUUCCUCAGUACUGCCCAAUAAGUGCCCACCGGGAGUGAAACCUUGAUGGCCUGCUGGAGAAGAUAUGGGAAUAUCUCAUGCAUAUAUACGAAGCCCAAGCCCCAAGGGAAUGAAUCUAGACUAUGAAGACCCUGUAAUACUGUCCUCCAAGAAGAAGACUGUUGAGGACUUCUGCAGCCGGGUACAUAAAGAUAUGCUCAAAAAAUUCAAGU